AUGAUCGAAGACGACGGGUACAGAUCGUCGUCCCAGUAUCGCCUCUGGUCCUACACGAAGAACAGCUUGACUCAAAUACGACAGAACACUAACAAUAUCGCCUCAGAGCAUGUAAAAGCUGCAUUCCGAAGGGCACAGGCUGCCAAAGCAUCUCAAAAUGGGUCAAAUGAGUCCAUCGAAAAUCAAGGACAGGGCGAGACUGCCGUGGACAUCCAAACCUUGACAAUCGACGAGGAGCUCAAGAUAGUGGAAUGGGGAUGUUCAAAGAUGCAGGAUAUGGGAGAGGCCAUGAAUCCACGCAUACCCUCACACGUCGUGGCUACCGCAAUUCAGUAUCUUCGGCGAUUUUACCUCACCAAUUCGCCAAUGACUUAUCACCCCAAACAAAUCAUCGCAUGUGCGCUCUAUCUCGCUACAAAGGCUGACCACUUCUACAUUUCACUGUCAAAAUUCGUGGCAGAGCUCGAAGAAAUGACAGAGGACAACGUCAAGGCCCCUGAGUUUCUACUGCUACAGGGACUCCGCUUCACACUGGAUGUGCGCCAUCCCAUGAAAGGUUUGGCUGGAGGGCACAUUGAGAUGAACGUAAUGGCCGAAGAAGGCCAGCUAGGCAACAUAUCGACAUCCUCCGGAUCAGCAAAGAGGAUAGGACAAGCUGCCGACCAGGCCAAGAAACUCCUGGCUACAGCUGCUCAAUUGACUGAUGCCUACUUUCUUUACACCCCCAGUCAGAUUUGGCUGGGUGCUAUGAUGGUAGCAGACAAGGAACUCGUUGAGAUCUAUCUCGAACAGAAAUUGUCCCAGUUGCAGGCAAAUGCUCAUGUGACUGCCAUCAAAGAAAAGAUUGUGUCAACAAUUGUUGAAUGCGCUGCUCUACUUGAAUCAUAUCGAUCUCCAAACGAUGACGCUACCCAGAGGAAGGAAAUGAGACGGAUUGGAAAGAAGUUGACGGUCUGCCAGGAUCCAGAAAAGCUCGAUAUUGUAGCUGUUGCAAGGGCAAAGGCCGCCGAGAAGAGAGAAGGAGAGGGCAGCGACACAGAGAAAGCGAUGAAGAAGCGUAAGCUGGAGAGAGAGCGACUGGAGAAGGACGGCGACGUCUUUGGCCCUGAGUUGAAAAGUAUACAGACGUAA